AUGACGGCGUUGUUGUUCUUUCCGACCUUUGUGCUACUACUGCUGUUGUUGGCCGCAUCGAGCACGGCACUUCCACCACCCAAUCACCAGUUUCACAUCACCGCCAGCACCACCACCCAGCAGGAAAGCCUACAACCGGCCUGGGCCAACGAUGUGAAUCCUGCGUCGAUACAUCACAAUAUACACGCGGACCAAGACUUACCUGUGGCAGAGGGUGACGCAUCGAUUCCGGUAAUGGAUUUACCUGAUCAGACCGAAAACCUACCAUCGGCACCUACGAGUCUCUUGCCAUUCUUACAAGAAGACUGGUGAAUGAUUCCCUUGUUGUCGAGAUACUACCAACAAAAAAAAG